AUGAAGUUCGCCUUCUCUUCCCUUGCAGUGUCCGCUCUGCUCUGCAUAGGGGCCGCAACAGCACACAACAUUCCACUCAAGGCGCAUUCGAGAGAGUGUUUCUUCGAGACCCUCCAUGUCGACGAUAAGAUGACUGUUGGUUUUCAGACGGGAGAUACCGAGUUUGGCGGAAGCGGGAAUCUUGACAUUAACUUCUGGAUUGAAGAUCCUGCCGGCCAGAAGAUUCACAGCAAGAACUCGAUUUCCUCCGACGAGUUCACGUUUACCGCCAAACGGGACGGGAAGUACGUCUACUGCUUUGGAAACGAGGCCUGGUCGUCGAACAGCAAGGAGGUGUCCUUUAAUGUGCAUGGAACCGUCUAUGUGCCUGCCAAUGAACACCCAUCUGACCCCCUGGAGCUUGAGGUGAUGAGACUCUCCGACGAGCUCGCUCAGGUCAAGGACGAGCAAUCAUACAUCAUUGUCCGUGAACGUACCCACCGUAACACUGCGGAGAGCACAAACUCGCGAGUGAAAUGGUGGAGUCUCUUCCAGCUUGCUGUCCUUAUUGCAAACGGUAUCUUCCAGGUCUGGUGGCUCAAGCGGUUCUUCGAGGUACUUUACAACCCUUCCCCCGUAUAUAUCUAG